AUGGCUCAUUUUCAUAACCAACAAAACCUACCCGUUUCAUUUCUACUAAUCCUUUCCUUAACAACAUUGGUUUCUGUUUCUUCACACAGCAGACCUUACACAAUUCCAACUGUCUCACACUUAACUGAUUCUUUUCCUCAUGUAACAAUUGAUAGUGCUUUUUCUAAUGCUUUUGGUGCCUCAAAUGUUAAGUUUCUUAGUAAUGGGUCUAUGGCCACCCUGGCUCUUGACAAAAUCACAGGUUCCGGCAUGGUGUCACAAAAUAGAUACUACUAUGGAUUCUUUAGUGCUGCGAUCAAAUUACCGGCUGGUUUGUCACCGGGAGUUGUGGUUGCUUUUUAUUUGUCAAAUGCAGAUAAAUUUCCGCACAAUCAUGAUGAGAUAGAUAUUGAAAUUCUUGGCCAUGACAAGAGAAAUGAUUGGGUUAUUCAAACAAACGUGUAUGCCAAUGGAAGUGUUAGCACAGGAAGAGAAGAGAAAUUUUAUUUCUGGUUUGAUCCAACGGAGCAGCACCAUUAUUAUAGCAUCUUGUGGAAUAGUUAUCAUACUGUGUUUUUUGUUGACAACAUUCCGGUGAGAGAAUUCAUACACAAAACCACAUACCCAUUUAUUUAUCCAUCAAAACCAAUGUCAUUAUAUGCAACAAUAUGGGAUGGUUCAGAAUGGGCUACACAUGGAGGAAAGUACCCUGUAAACUACAAAUAUGCACCAUUUGUUGUUUCAUUAACUGAAGUGGAAUUAAGUGGCUGCAUAACUGAUCCAAAUUCACCAAUUUCUUCGUGUUCUAAGUCAAAUCUUUCAGGACAACAAGAUCCUAUUAAUGGAGCAGAGUUUACCAAGCUUUCACAACAACAGAUAGCAGCUAUGGAUUGGGCUAGAAGAAAACUCAUGUUUUAUUCUUAUUGUAAUGAUGUAUCUAGAUACAAAGUAUUGCCAGCAGAAUGUCACUGA